UAAAUCCGACUAAAAUUACAAAAUCAAAUACUCCUCAUGUAAAUUGGGUGACGCAAACACCAUCUCUGUCUCCCUCCCCUAAAGUUAGCAAAUCUAAGACAGAGGAAAAUAGAACAAAAAAGCGCUGUAGAGAGCUAAAGAGUGUUUUUCAACUAGCUAACUAUGUUUCCGACGCAUGCUCCGAUUUUGCAAUGUUUCAUUUUAUUUGAAGUUUUUGAGAAGAUAGAAUGUGUUCUCAAAGGCAAUGGUAUGAUCAAAUGCAGACAUAGAUGUACUCUUGCACCAAAUUAGAUAUGCUCCACUAAAUACGCAAGCGCUAGUUGUUCAAAAUGUUCCAGCUUUACAACGUGCAGAUUCAAGUAACGCCUUUUUAAAUAAUGGGAAUGAUGUACCAAAUGAGACUCUUCCUUUUGCAAAUAACUUAAUGUCUAGUUCUAAGAGAUUGCAAGACGAGUUAGAAAAUUCUGGGAGUAAACUGAAACAGCAUGAGGACAAUUUAAAAUUUUUGAAGACUCAACAAAAUCAGCUUGAUGAUGCAAUUCUUGAUUUGCAAGUUAGCCUUGGCAAGUACAUAUCUUCAGGUGCACCAAAGACUCAAGAUGGUGAUAAUUCUCAAAUUCGAAGUGAGGCGGAAACUAUUGAGCAAAUAUUAAAGCAUGAAAAUUCUGCUGCGGGUAUAUAUUGCCAGUUCAAAAAUCAACUUUCAAAUAUUACUUUCUUUGAAGAUGUUCUUGGUGUUGUUGCUUCCCUCGGCAAAGUAGAAGAUGAUAACCUCAGCAGGCUUUUUUCAGAGUAUUUGGGCUUGCAAACUAUGCUCGCAAUCGUCUGUAAAACUUCUGAAGGUGUCAAAGCUUUGGAAAUAUAUGAUGGUGAAGGAAUUGUGAAUAAAGGUUCUGGUAUAUAUGGCCUUGGAGCUUCUGUUGGACGAGAUUUGAAGGGUCGUUUUUCUGUGAUAUGUCUUGAAAACUUAAGACCAUAUGCUGGUGAAUUUUUGUCCAAGGAUCCCCAGAGAAGACUUGAUAUUCCGAAGCCAAGACUACCUAGUGGUGACAUUCCAUCUGGCUUUCUUGGCUAUGCUGUAAAUAUGAUUCAUGUGGAUAGGCCCAAUAUCUUUUGCCUAACUUCAAGUGGGUGGGGUCUCAGGGAGACUUUGUUCUACAGUCUCUUUUCACGUCUCCAAGUCUAUAAAACAAGAGCUGAAAUGCUGCUUGCUCUUCCAUGCAUUUGUGAUGGAGCCGUCUCUUUGGAUGGUGGAAUGAUUAGAUCUACUGGUGUGUUCUACCUUGGUAGCAGGGAAGAUAUAGACGUGAGGUUCCCAAAAUGCUCGAUAAGAACUAGUCUCCCUGAUAAAUAUUUUGAGCUUGAAAAUCAAAUCCAGCAGAAGAAAUGGGAGAAAGAGAGACUUCAACAAGAUAUGCGAAGAGAGCAGGCAUUGUUGGAUCAAGAAAAUGCAAACUUCAAAACGAAAAAACAGAAUUUCCUGCAGUUUUUAGCAGAGAGUUCGACUUUCAUGGCUCAGCAUCAAAUGCAGACAGCUUCCAUACAAAACAGACAAGUUCCUCGAUGAUGUGUUCCCAUUGGACCACAACUUCCAUAACCUUGAUGAAGAACGAGAAAUGUUUCGGUCAAGUUGUAAGUCAAGCUUGUCGUUUUUCAAGCGGUCCAGAUGGUGUUCGUUUCACUUCAGCUUGUGAGUUAGUUCAUUCUUUUUAGUUGGAAUAUCAUUGUUAUGUACUAAAUGAAUGCCUUCCAUCUCUAUCUUGCCUGUUAACAAGGAUCAAAAUUCUUUUAGUUAACUCUUGGUUUGAAACUGAUCUAACCUGCAUUUUUUUUUAACUCAAAUAUGUGAAUGGAAUAACUGUGGCCUUUAAAAGCUUUGCUAUAAUUUUCUGAAUAUUGAAACAAGGUAUUCCUACUUUUUUUCCCUUACC